AUGUCUGAAGCGUCAGCGGCUGCUCUUUACGCUAUGUCCGGCGUCCUCAUCGGAGUUUCCGUGAUAACUGUAACUAUGCGAUUCUAUGCGAGGCGUUGCCAGAAGGCACCUCUGCUGGCCGACGACUGGUUGCUGAUACCUUCCUUGAUCACUUUCAUAGGCACUUGCGCAUGCAUCUUUUACGGUGGUCAUAUUCAAGUAUUUGGCUACUCCACUCACGACUUUACACCGGAACAAUUAAAGGCAACCAAAGAACGUUCGGCCAAGGUAUUCGCACCGCUUACCCCUUACUCGAAAUAA